UAUUCUACCGCAAGGGAGAUGGAAGGUAACUCAACGCUUCGGGCUGAGAACUCAGCUAGCCGGCGUCCAUCAAAAAGGGAAGUGCUUAGUUCAUCUGUACCAGGGCAUCCUUAUCGUCCAAGAAACAAGGGAACAGCAAGUAAGCCUACUGCAAUUCCAAAAAGUGUUUAUUUGAUUGAAGCGAAAUCGCUUGAAAAAAAGGACGAGCAAGAUUGUGACAGCGACCAGACUGAAGUUACUUUCCGUGAGAGCAAGGUUGUUUUGAGGGGAGAGUUCGAUCUCAUCCCUGGCCACACUGAAGACCAGAUAAGAAAUGAACUUGUUGGUGUUUUCAAGACUAAAUUCCCCUUCAUUGGAGAGUCAGACUUUGAUUUCAUAAAAAGGGCCAAGCCACAUUUCUCCAGCAGAGCAUUCUGUAAAUUAAAAGUAGCGGUCGGAGCGUCACAUGACGAUUCCAAAAAAGGUUAUCGCAAGACAGACAAGGCUUUCAUUUAUUCGCUCAAAAACAGAGAAGUGAUGCCGUUUAAGAGUAUGGUGACGCAUGAUUCCCAAGCCAUUUACAUGGACAUAAGCUAUGGUCCAACAUUUGGUGGAGGCCACGACAUUCAUAUUGCUGACAACGCAGGUCAUAACUAUCAUUCGUACGCCAGAUUUGGCCAAACCUUCUUGGCUCCAAAUGAAGUAAAGGAAAAGCAUACAGUGUCAGCUGGGAGUCUCAGAUUUACUCCCGACGAAGUGGAGGUGUUCUAUUUCCCUUAA